CUCUUUUGCCCAGCCGUUGUACUCAUUACUAACAUUAUGGUGCAUUUGACAACAAUGGUCCUUCCCACCGGUGAGGACACACCAGUGCCAAAACAAAUGGUGAUUCGUAAUACCACGAAACAAGAUAUUGUGCUAAAAAUCAAAACUGAUGCACCCAGAGGACUGCAGUUUGAAGCUGAGAAGAUUGUAGUCGACUCCAGAAAAUACGUUAUUGUUAAUAUGAUAUUCAACGAGAAAGAGCUCAAUUCUUCUACAAGAGGAACAGCAUCAAUGAUUUACGUCUAUGCAAGACCAGUGACAAAAUACAAUCAAGAGUGCCUUCGACGAUGGUUGACAGUGGAGAACUGUGAAACGACAGCUCAGCUAGCAUUCUGUAUCCAGCUAUAUCUGACAAACGCCGAGUUCUCAGCGAGCAAAUUGAUUCUGGACCUGCCCGGCUCCGCUUCACUGAUAGACCCGGUCCCAAACGCCAUUGAAGCGCCGCUUGACACCGACUGCGUCACAAGUAUUAACAUCGAUGCUGACACAAACACUGGCACCGUCUUCGAUGACAAAGAUUACAGAAGUGCACUCAGAAUUCAAGACGAAAACAAAUCGAGGUGUGCCGUGCUGGCUCCUAUUAUGGACAUGAUUUUCCCACCAGCAGCACAGCCUACGCAUGUAUGA